AUGAAGAGUUACCUCAGAAAGUGGGGAAUGCAAAUAAACCCGACAUGCCCAUAUUGCCAACAUACAGAAGAUACACACCAUGCCAUCGUAAAUUGCCAGACAGCACAAGAGUUGUGGAGUGAUAUUCAGCCACUGCUGAUGGACAUAGCCAGACAACCAAUCAAAACAGACAUGGAAACCCUUGUCUUCCAUCGCAACCUCCCAAAUGACGACCAGGCGAAAGAGAUCUGUCAUUAUGUUCUGGCAACGGCAGCCGAAGCGCUAUGGCACACCAGAAAUAAGAAGGUGUAUGACAGUACCUACCGAUUGGGCAACAUGAAGAACAAAGUAAUUGGGGUAAUCAAUCUCGCAUGUGCGAGAGAACCGCAAGAGUCCCGGUGGGCAUCACAACGGACUUGCCGUGCUCGUGCAAUGAGUAAUCGAGCGUUUGUCGAUGUCAUAAUCGCUCGCAAGCAAGCUCCUUUUCACUGCGUUUUCUAUAAGUGUUUUGUAGAAAUAUGUGGGCCAAACGCCGAAGAUGGCAUUGCUUCUCGGCCUUUUGGCUAAGUCAGGAAGUUCUUUGGAGCAUUUGGAAUACUGUGGUUCUUGUUGACAUAAGGGAGCUUUUGCUUGGUUAAAAUUUGUUUUAACACCUAGUCAAUGGUUACUUGGUUUUUGUUGUUAUCUUAUCUUGGUCCUAUUUUCUUGGUCCUGUCGCCUUGGUCCUGCCGCCUUGGUCUGGUCGCCUUGGUCUGGCCGUUUCGGUCUUGUCACCUUGGUCUUGCUGCUUUGGUCCUGUCGCCUUGGUUUCUGGCCUUAUCUUUGUUGGCUUUCAUAGGUUUGGCACCUAUUCUGUGAGUGUGUUGUAUACAGUGUGUGCACCACAAGUAUAUUGUGGUUUUAUAUAAUAUAUUAGGAGGUUUGAGUUUUCUGGUUGUUCCUAAUCCAGGGGCCCUAUAGGGGGUAACUGACGGGAGGGGUCUUCAGGACUUUUCGUUUUGUUGAUUGGGGGGUUGUGCUUGGUGAUCCUUCAAUAGCCAGUUUCAAGUUUAGUGUUUUAUUGUCCUUACAGUGUGUACACACUAUUAUACUUACUUAAUUAUUGAUUUGUUGCAUUUAUUGCUUCAAUUCAUACCAUAUUGUUUUAUAUACUACCUACCUUCUUCUAAGUAUGAUUCCUUUUAUUAAUCAUACUGCAGAUGUUAUACUGCAUUGUGAAAUUGAGGCUCGCGAUGUUAAUGUUCGCGAAGUCAUUGAAGAUUUCUGUGGUCAGGUAGAUUCUUACACGGAUAUAUUUGAGGCGGUCGUUUUGAUGGCGCCUGGUCGAUAUAUUUGA